AUGAAGUUUAUGUCUCGAGAUUGGAUGGUUUUAUCAGCAAUAUUAAUACUAGUGUUGAUGUUAAACACACCGUGUUCUUCAGCGAUUUCUGAAAAUAAUGAAAACAAUAUUAAAACGACCGUUUUUUAUUCACCUAAAAUUGAAUUAAGUCCGGGAUUUAUUUCAAACAAAGUAUAUUAUGAUGUUGAUUUUCCAAGAGGUCACAUUGCACUAAAAAGUUUUCAUGCCGAACUAGUCGAUGAAUCAGGAAAUUCAGUACCUCUCCAAGAAACAUAUCUUCACCAUUGGAUUGUUGAAAAAUACCAACAACCUAAGAAUGUACCAAACAAUUACCAAACAGAUAAUAUUAUCAUGGUAAGAAAUAGUGGAUUAUGUCAAGAUAAUCUUCUAGGACAAUACUAUGGUCUUGGAGCUGAAACAAGAGGCACAAAAACAUAUAUUCCUGAUCCUUAUGGAGUAGAAAUUGGUAAUCCAGAAGAAAUUCCAAAAGGGUAUGAUGAGAAAUGGAUGAUCAAUGUUCAUGCAAUUGAUACAAGAGGUGUAGAAGAUAGAAUGGGGUGCAUUGAGUGUAAAUGUGAUUUGUAUAAUGUUACAAUAAAUGCUGUAAAUGGAAAGCCUUUGGAUCCAAACUAUAAAGGAGGGUUAGGAUGUUGUCCUGAUAAUGGUCAAUGUAGAAUGAAGAAAGGUUAUUUUUUGGGUCCUAAACAUAUCAUAUACUUAAAAUACACAAUUAUGUGGGUUCAUUGGGAUGAAUAUGUGGUGCCUGUUAAGAUCUAUAUACUUGAUGUUACUGAUAGCUGGAAAAGAUCAAAUGAAACUAAUGGAAUGAGCAUAGAGCAUAAUUGCAUGGUUGAAUAUCUAGUUGAAGCUUGCAGCAAAAGCCAUGGUUGUGUUGAUGUUAAGAGAGCAAGUGUUCCUAUAAAAGAGGGUGGUUAUAUCAUCUAUAGUGUUGGUCAUCAACAUGUAGGUGCUAUUAGAUCAACUCUAUAUGGUCAGGAUGGGAGGGUUAUAUGCAAUUCAUAUCCAAAAUAUGGAACUGGAAAGGAAGCAGGAAAUGAGAAAGGGUAUAUUGUAGCAAUGUCUGCUUGUUACCCUAAACCAGGUUCUAUCAAGUUAUUUGAUGGUGAAAUUUUAAAGUUAACAACUAUCUACAACAACAGCAUGAUGCAUACUGGAGUAAUGGGACAUUUCUAUUUCUUGGUAGCAGAAAAACUAGCACAACAUCAUCAUAUCAACAUGAAAUUUGUAUCACAAAAUUGGAAGCUUUCAUGGACAAUACUGGUACUAGUGUUUCUGUCAAGCACAUCAUUCUCAUCAGCUGGUAUUAGAACAAAUAUUCAAACAAAAGUUUUUAUGUCUCCCAAGAUUGAGCUAAGUCCAGGAUCUGUUUCAAACAAAAUAUACCAUGAUGUUGAUUUUCCUAGAGGUCAUAUUUCACUCAAGAGUUUGACUGCUGAACUGGUCGAUGAAUCGGGGAAAUCAGUACCUCUCCAUCAAACUUAUCUACACCAUUGGGUUGCCGUACGAUACCAUCAACCUAUAAACGCGACAAACAAUAGCCAAAACGGUAUUGUUUUUGUAAGAAAUAGUGGUUUCUGUCAAGACAGUGUUUUUGGACAAUACUAUGGUCUUGGAUCUGAAACAAGAGGCACAAAAACAUAUAUUCCAGAUCCUUAUGGAAUUGAAGUUGGUAAUCCUGAUGAAAUUCCUAAAGGGUAUGAGGAAAAGUGGUUGGUUAAUGUUCAUGCUAUUGAUACAAGAGGUGCGGAAGAUAGAAUGGGAUGCACUGAGUGUAAAUGUGAUUUGUACAAUGUUACGGCAAAUUUGAGUCCAGAUUAUAAAGAUGGUUUGCAGUGUUGUCCUGAUAAUGGUAACUGUAAGCUGAUGAAAGGGUUCUUAGGCUUAAAACAAAAGCUUUAUUUGAAAUACACAGUUAUGUGGAUCAAUUGGGAAGAGUUUAUGGUACCUGUCAAGAUUUAUAUAUUUGAUGUAACUGAUACUUUGAAGAUUUCAGAUAAGUCCAAAGGAAUGAGUCUAAAGCAUGAUUGCAAGAUUGAGUAUGAAGUUGAACCUUGCAGCACAAGUCAUCUGAAUGGUAGCAGCUGCGUUGAUGUCAAGAGAACAAGCUUCCCGAUGCAAACCGGUGGUUAUGUCGUCUAUGGAGUCGGUCAUCAGAACGCAGGCGCAGUUGGAUUAACUUUAUAUGGACAAGAUGGGAGGGCUAUAUGCACUUCAAUCCCAAAAUAUGGAAAAGGAAAAGGAGCAGGAAAUGAGAAAGGUUAUAUUGUAGGAAUGUCCACUUGUUACCCUAAACCAGGUUCCAUCAAGAUAUUUGAUGGUGAAACCUUAACUCUAGAGGCUAACCACAGUAGCAGUAUAAGGCAUUCUGGUGUAAUGGUAAUGGGACUUUUCUAUUUCUUGGUGGCAGAAAAGCUACCAUAACACCAUGUCUAAUGUUCUUAUCAUUCUUUGAAGGCAAAAUUUGAAUAUUUGAAUUUCUGUUUGAUUUUUUAUAUCAUUUAGUUGUUUAUGUAUUAUGUUGUAUUCUGUUUACAAUUUAAGUUAACAAUUGAUAGGUU